GAAGGUCGCAGUACAUCUGCUCGCCCGGGGGGGGCAGGGAUGUGGGGGGCUCGCGCCGUGCUGGCAGUCAGCGGCAAGAUGGCGCCGCGCUCCGCAGGCAGCAGGGACCGGCCUGGAGACGCGCACGAGGCGCAGGAGUACGACUCCACGAGUCGCCAGGCCAAGGUGUACCUGUUCACCCGGCCCGUGGACAGAAGCCUGCCCGACUCCAUCGAGUACCACCACUGGGCGCUCGUGUUCGUCUUCCAGGGCGACGACGUGCGGACCGCAGAAGGCUUCCCGGACGACAGCGAGCGGCUGUACCCCAAGUACACGAAGCUGUUCCCCGAGGAGGAGGGCAGCUACUACACCCUGGGCAGCAUCAGCACCUCGCCCGCGGCGGUGCUGCAGAAGGUGCGCGACAACCCCUGCAACGGCGAGAAGUACACGGCCACGUGGCAGAACUGCCAGACCUGGCUGCGCGCGCUGACCGCCUCCCUGGGCGACGGGGUGGAGGGGGGGCUUCGCGAGUUCAAGACCUUGAGGGAGGCCAACCCCGUGGUGGCAGCCGCCGGCAAGAAGAAGAGCGCCAAGGGCUUCGGCUCGUUCAGCAGCUAGUCUGUAACAAGCUUCACAAAUACAAGCCCGCUUGCUUCUA